UCGAUGAUCGCGGAACCGAGCUGGCGGAGAAGCUGUUGCUAUAGAAACAGCUACAUGGAGGGUUGCUAGAGGAAGGCAUUUCCGUAUAUUAACCAGGGAAACCGGAAAGGAGAGGGGAGACAGGACGGGCUGAGGGCGUGAAGACGAGACGGAGAGGAGCGAAGGGAGGACGGGGGGAGUCUGCCGAGAGCCGGAGGAGCUGGGGACUGGGAAGGAAGAGGAGAGGAGCGGAGAAGGAUGUCGGAGCGGGUCGCUUCGUGUGGGAGCCUGUGUGACAGCACCAACCUGCUGCUACAGUACUGCAACAACGAUGACACGGUGUCGGCCAGCAGCAACAUGGACAUGGAGGACAGAGUGUCCCACCUGGAGCAGAGGCUGCAGCUGCAGGAGGAUGAGAUCCAGCUGCUGAAGGCGGCUCUGGCUGAUGCUCUGCGUCGGCUUGGUUACUAUGAGGAGCAGACCCAGAGGACACCUGCAGGGGGUGCUCAUGCUGGGAGGAGAGCGCUUGCUACUGCCUCUUCAACACCGCCCACCAGGGUGCGUCAGCUCCUGCAGGCUCUUCCCUCCAGACCUCUGAGUAACGGCUACGUUCAACAGAAACGCCUCCUUUCCUCGCCGUCAUCUCCAAAGAAAGAGGUGCUGCAGUCCAUUAAGAGGAAGAGCAUGUCCACAGAAAGACUAACCCUGGUUCGCAGAGAGAUGGCAGCAGAGAGUCGGAGUCGAACCACCUCCUCCAGCAGCUCCUCUGGUGGUAAAAGCAAAUCCAAAGAAUGCACCUACAAUGCAGAGGACGGCUACGUCAGGAUGUUCCUCCGAGGGCGUCCGGUCACCAUGCACAUCCCAGACCAACAGCGGGGGAGCUACAGCCUGGACCAGAAGGUGGCGCUCCCGAACAAAAAGCUGAAACUUCAGUGGGUAUACGGGUACCGCGGCCGUGACUGCCGCUCCAACCUCUACCUGCUGCCCACCGGGGAGAUCGUGUACUUCAACGCCUCGGUGGUGGUGCUGUACAACACAGAGGAGCAGCAACAGAGACAUUACCUGGGCCACAAUGAUGACGUGAAGUGCCUGAGUGUUCAUCCGGACAUGGUGACCAUAGCAACAGGUCAGGUGGCAGGAAACUCCAAGGAUGGAAAGCUGCUCGCUCCUCAUGUUCGGAUCUGGGACUCGGUGAGCCUCAACACGCUGCAUGUGAUCGGGAUGGGCGUGUUCGACAGAGCGGUCACCUGCGUCUCUUUCUCAAAGUCGAACGGUGGUUCCUUCCUCUGCGCUGUGGAUGAUGCCAACGAUCACAUCCUGUCAGUCUGGAACUGGCAGAAAGAGAAACAACUUGCUGAAGUUAAGUGUUCCAAUGACUCUGUGCUGGGGGCCGUUUUUCAUCCCAUGGACACGAAUCUGAUCGUCACCUGUGGAAAAUCCCACAUUAACUUCUGGACCAUGGAGGGCAACACGCUCACCAAGAGACAGGGGCUGUUUGAGAAACACGAGAAACCGAAGUACGUGCUCUGUGUGGCUUUCGCUGAAAACGGAGAUGCCAUCACCGGAGACUCCAGUGGGAACAUCUAUAUCUGGGCCAAAGGCGGUAGCCGCAUCAGCCAGGUGGUCUCGGGUGCACACGAAGGUGGGAUUUUCUCCGUCUGUGUUCUGAAGGAUGGCACCAUGGUGUCCGGAGGUGGGAAAGACCGCAAGGUGGUGCUGUGGGACCACAACUACAGGAAAAAGGCUGAGAUGGAGGUAGGUGAAUCCCUAGGCCCGGUCCGGGCUCUGGCUGAAGGUAAACCAGGUGAACUUUUCGUUGGAACCACCAAGAACGCCAUCAUCAGAGCGGCCUUCCCUGACACCUUGACCCCUAUAGUACAGGGUCACACAGAUGAGCUGUGGGGUCUGGACGUCCAUCCUUCCAUGGAGCAGUUUGCUACCUGCUCACAGGACAGACAGGUUCACCUCUGGGACACCAUCACCCACCAGCCCCUUUGGAGCAAGACCAUCGAGGAUCCAGGAAGGUCUGCAGGUUUCCAUCCCAGUGGGGCCGUUCUGGCUGUCGGCACCAUGACUGGAAGGUGGUUAGUGCUGGACACCGACACUCGGGAUCUAGUUUCUAUGCACACUGAUGGCAAUGAAAUCAUUUCAAAUGUCAAAUACUCUCCAGAUGGUAACUUCCUUGCUGUUGCUUCCCAUGACAACUUUGUCUACAUCUAUGCUGUGAGCGAGAACGGCAGGAAGUACAGCCGUGUUGGGAAAUGCGCUGGUCACUCCAGCUUCGUUACCCAUCUGGACUGGUCUAAAGACAGCCAGUAUCUCGUCACCAACUCAGGAGACUAUGAGAUCCUCUUCUGGGAGGGAACCAGUGGUAAACACGUGACCAACAUGGACACAGUCCGUAACCUGGAGUGGUUUACUUCUACCUGCACCUUGAGCUUCAGCACCUUUGGAAUUUGGCCAGAUGGAGCAGACGGCACAGACAUCAACGCCGUGUGCAGGUCACAUGAAGGAUCCCUGCUGGCCUCUGCUGAUGACUUUGGCAAAGUGCAUUUGUUCUCCUUCCCCUGCUCCCAACCAAGGGCUCAGAGUCAAGAGUACGGCGGCCACAGCAGUCACGUGACCAACGUUGCCUUCCUUCAUGACGACAGUCACCUGAUCUCCACCGGCGGGAAAGACACCAGCAUCCUGCAGUGGAUCGUUGCCUAGACGACACUCUUCUUUCUCACAUCUCUGACCCCUCACCUCUUCCAGAUUACCCUUUCCCGCCAACAGGUGGCAGCACCCCUCUGUGCCUACAGGAUCAUAGAAAACAACUGGAACGACCCACAGAUGUCAAAGCAGAACACAGUGAUCAGAAAUAAUAAAUGUAAACGUUAAUGGAACAGAAAAUGAGUUGUUGUGGUGCAGAAAUGUAAUAUUACCUGGUUCCCAGCUGGACGCUGAAGGUGGCGACCACACCACAGAGCUAUUAUUUUUAGCAUUAGUACUUCCUGUGCCUGAACGGUACUCAUUUCAACCCCCUUUAACUGGAACUCCUCGUGUUUUUAAAAGGCGCACUUUGGGCUAAACGUGGCUCCUUUAUUACAGAGCAGUUCUGAAUGCAUGUUGCACAGUUCGGGUUUGGGUUGCACUCAUUCUUAGGUAUAUAUUAUGAUAUUGGUUUCUAUUUUCUGAAUGAAGUGAGCUUCUCAUGAGGUUUUUGCAUCAUACUAAAUAAAGUAUGAUACAAAAACCUCACAAGAAGCUGUCUUCAUUCCAAAUAUCUACAGAAUCACAGCUUGCUUGGCAAAAAAAAAGGAGCUUAGAUGGAUAAAUCUAAUGACCAGGUUAAAACUGCUCCUUUUGGGGAUUUGUUUAAUUCCAAAUGCAGUAUAUUGUUCUGAGCAUGCACGGGUCUCUCCUUAAACUAAAAACUACAGUUUCACCUUUAAACUUGAAACACACUCCUGCAGGGAUUUAGUACAGUUGAAUGUAAAUUUUAUCAAAGUUUUGAAUUCCAAAGUUUAAAAAGAGAGGCUGGUACGUGUUGGGAAAAAUAUACUGACCCCAAAAUGAUAUCUGAUCCUAAAACAGGUGGAAUUCCUCCUCUUAGCAUACCGAGGAUGAUCCCAUUGCCUUGUUCUCUUCCACUUUUCCUUCAGCUUGAUUCCCAGCAUCUGUUGAUGUGCAGAUUGUUCCUAAAUGUUCAUCAUGUGUAGCUUUUGGAGAUGGUAACCAGUACAAAGUGUCUGUUUCAUUUCAUCCCUUACUCCCCAUGCUGCGGUUUGAUUGUACUACUGUAACUGUGCUUAGAAGGCACUAGAUGGCGCUGCCGUUUAAGAGAAUGAGCAUGACCGAGGCUGCCCUCCUGCUGUAGAUGCUCCUAAUGUCUGUAAACUUCUAUAUUCCACAGUAGAUCUGAGUGGCUGUGUUAUUUUAAUAUUAAUCUCUAACAAUAAUGGAUGUUAAUAUAAUUGUGGCACUUUUAGCUGUAGAAAGAAAGAUAAUGUAGAUGCUGCUGUGAGCUUGAGCUGUGCUUUGCCUUCUGUUUUGUUAAUACUUUUUUUUUUUUUUAUCCAAAUGUUCUGAGGAAUUUUCUCUUACACUGUAAAAUUUCAGAACAGUCUGAAUAGAAUGGAAAAAUAUUAAACAAAAUUAAAUAGUUUUUCUUAAGUCCCUUCACUGGUGAAUAUUUGGUGGUGAAGUUUUCUUUGAAUGUGUAUUUAACAUGCAGCAUCACAUGACUAAACAUUAUCAGGAUGUGGUUGAAGUUUAGUCGUUAUAUUCCACCAAACUGUGCACAUCUGAUUAUGACCUUAUGAUGUUUGGCCACACAGUGAUGUGUAAUUAUCACGCCUCGUGUCUUAUGGUUGAAGAAUAGAAGGUUUUUGUGGGUAUAGAAAAUGGAUGGAUGGGUUGUCACAACAAAUUAAAUAAAAACACUUCCCAGUAGUCGUUUCCUCAUCUGAA